CACAGCUGUUGAGUUGGCGCCAAAAUUCUUGGCCACCUCCGCGCAGGCGUCAGACUGUUAUAUGGCUCGCAUCAUCCGACCGGUAGGACAGUUUUCGACAGGAGCGUCUCAGUGUGCAGCAUGGGCCUUUUUUUUGAAAUAUGUAAGGACACCUGUCGUGCUUCCCCACUCUACAUGAAAUAUUGCGGCCCUAAACUGCUCGGAAACCCCUGCCGUAUUUACUCCUACGCAGACAAGCGCCUGUCUGCCUGCCUGCCUGUCUGCCUGCCUGCUCUCCCACUGUCGGCAUUAAUCGCAAAAUUCCCUGUCAAAAAUGUGACACACAAAAUACUUGUCUAGCAGUUACCUAACGUUGGGUAUUUAAAAAGUUGUUGGGAAAACUUUCAAAUUAAAAGCGCCGUGCUUAAAUUAUGCCAGCUCCUACCAUUCGAUGGUAGAGUCCUGGCUGGCUGGGUGGAGGGCUGGCUGGCUGGCUGGGAGCCUUUGGUACUUGAUUCCUGGAACAGUGCAAUCUCUCUGCAGUGCAAAACUCAUUUCGCCAUUCCGUUUAUGGCAUUCUGCAUGUGUAAAUACCAUACUUAUUAUUUUCCUCACGUUCGCAGACACAGAGUGACUGAUGACUGAUGGAGCACCAAACUAACGAAUUCCGUCGAAGUAAUUACAAUUUUGCAGAGGGUAAAAAAAGGCGCCCUUGAGAGAAUUGAAGUGUCCUGAUAGUGUACUCUAAGCGGGAGACUUAAUUUAAUUUUUCCUAGUUCUUGAUGCAUGCAACCGAACCGAACCAAAAAUGGGGGAAAAUGCAAAUGGAAAACCGACUGAAAUGGGAUUUAAAAUGCAUGACAUCAAUUAUAAGAAGUUUUCUUAAUUUUCAUCCUGUCAUAACUCACAUUGGGCUUCACACAAGCACAACUUUUCUCCUGUUCUUUUUUGCUGUAUUUUGCUGCUCCUUUUCAAGUCGAACAAGGGCAAAGGCGAAAACUUGCCAUGCCACACACUCACACACACACAAAAACACACAGAGAGAGAGCACAUUUGUUUAUUCCUCGAUUGCGUACAAACAUUUGCAUUUGCAUAGACAAGUUAAAAGCAUCGCCUCCUUUCCCCAGGACCGCCGCACAUCAGUUCCCAGAAUCAGGAGCAGAGCAGAGCCAACUUCCUGCUGCCUGACUGCCUCCGAGUCAAUGCAGCUGCCGUUGCAAAUAUGUGGAAAAACUGCUGCUGCUCUCCUGCUGCUGCUGCUGCUGCUGCUCCACUCCUUGUUGCAUGCGAAAUUGCAGAUUUCAUAUGCAAAUUUUGCACUUCCACAGAAAAUUAUUCAAAUUACUUGCUAGCGACAAGCAUUGUGGAUGGCGCACACUCUCUAUAAAAAGAGAGGAACAAAACGGAACACCUUUCACCUUGCUCCGGAACAGAAGUCAACAGCCUUGGCCGCUUGUCAGCCCCAUCAAUGGGAUUGACAAAUCUUUGCUCAGCUCCCAGGCAAAGUCAAAUGGAAAUGGGGAAUGGCAAAACCACCACCACCAUCAAUCAGGGAAACGGGCGAAUAGCGGUUCGGGUUCAUGGCUUGUAAUCCUUUAAUAUUAUUAAAUAAUUAACACGCAUUACUUGGCUUGUUUAUGGCAGCUUUGACAACGGCAACGGCAUCGGCAUCGGCAUCAUCUCCUUCUGCCGCUCAGGCGGGCGGAAGUGAUGGAGCUCAAAGCCCUGCUAGGCAGUGCUUUCAUUCUAUUCAGCUCUUCUCUGCGGGGCAGAGGAUUUAGCCAUCAAAAGAUAAACGCAAUUAUGGAGCAGUUAGGAACACGGCUACGAGCCAUGUACAGUGUACAGUGAACAGUGUACACCAUGGCGCAAAUGAAGACAAUGCCGCGAUGGUGCGAAACAUGCAAAUUAACAGGCAAACUUUUCCUCACCGACGCCGACGCCGAAGACGAAGGAGUUAAAGUUCAUUUUAAACUAAAUUUGCAUAUUUAAAUGGCAUUAUGCCCAGACACUUGACAGUCUAACUGGCAGUUGGCAACAUUCAGCAUUCGCACCCAGCCCAGGAAUCAGGCUCUUGCCCCAGCUCCUGCUCCUGCGCCUGCUGCGGCUCAGACUCUUGCUCCUGCUCCUGCUGUCUCCGUGUCACUCUACAGUGACGGUGACGGUGACAGUCGGUGCCUUGUCACGUUUCUGUUGCCUCAUAAAAGUGAGAUUGAAUUUUGAACGGGCAGGCAACAAACUCACUCUGGGCUUCGAGUGCGGCUCUGAUUCGGGAUUGCCUCUGCUCUGCUGCUGCCUGGGUGAUGCGGCGAUGCGGUGAUGCUGUGAUGCUGUCUGUGCUUAAUAGGCCACAUGAACUUGAACCCCAUCGUGGGAUGAGUAUGGGUAUGUGUAUGAUGUGUAUGAUGUGUAUGAUGAUGAUGAUUAUGGUGAUGGUGAUGAUGAUGAUGAUGAUGAUGGAGAGGACAAUCCAAACGAAAUUGUUGCACACGCGCGUGUGACACAAAGUUAAAGGAAAAGUGAAACUGAAAGUUUUCGAUGUCGUCCCUCGUACAUAGAGAAAGUGAGCGGGUCUCCACUCCCCCUCUCACAAGCGGAAGUCAUUAACGUCUGAACCCUGAGUCGGUUCGGUGUGGUGUGUGCGAGGAGGAAAUUUCAUUUAUAACUACUCAUCACAAGAUUUCUUUUAGAGUGUGUCAAGGAAACGAUGCAUAAUGAAGAGCGAUGGGUGAUUCACGUCCCUGCCUGAGGAGGAAUGCCUGGGGAAUGGAAUCGAAUCGAAUCGAGUCGCGACUGGGUUCAUUGAACAAGGGUUCGUUUUAAGGCAGUCAUGUGCCAGGAAUCGAAUGGAGUCUCGAAAGAGUCUUGGCUGAAACGUGACUGGAGAGAGAAUACCAGAAUGUGACAGAAAGCAGAUGGAUUCAGGCUUCAGAGUGGUUUUAUUAGCACCCAUCAAUGGAACUGAAUCAGAACUUAACUGCCUCUGAUUCGUGGCAUUGAUAUACUAUAAUUAGCCAGAAAUUGCGAAAUUGAUACUGCUCGCACCAUAUGCGGUUAGGUGUCCGCUCCGAACGGACGCACGUGUCCGGCAAACUUUGAAAUCAAAGGCAGAACAAAGGGGAGGACCACUAAAUCAAUUGACGUUUAACGACCAGCCGAGGGGCGCGAGCAGCGUUUGAUUGACACGACGCUAAUUGGAGACCAAUCUGGUUGUCCAUAAUGCCGGGAUUAGUAGCCCGAAACCAGGCCAUGUGUGCGGCCCCUAGAGUCUGGACGGGUGGCAUCAGGAGCGGAAUCAAGGACCAGCCUAGGCCCAUCCGACUUACUUAAAACGGAGCUCUUCUGGAGCAGUUCAUGUCUGUUCCAAGCGGCAUUAGCUGCUGUAUCUUUUAUGUGGAAUCAAAUAACGAUUCGGGCCACCGCAAACUUGUAGCAGGCCAAAAGUUUGUUGGCCAAAUAAAUCACGCUGCCAAGCCAAGAGACAAGCCAAGAACAACUCAAUCGAAGAAGAAGAAGAAGGCAUUCGACAGCGACAUGAACAUGGAAUACACGCAAUGAUAAAUCGAAAAUAUUUUUAGUUGUUUGCACAGAAAGCAUUUGGGGGGAGCGACAAGCCAAGACAGACAGAGCAGAAUGUCGUGCACCCACCGUCGCGCCCGGAUUGACCAGCACUCAAUAAAAAGUAACGCAGACUCCUCCGGCCACUCGUUGCUUCUCCUCGAGAAGGCCAGUUUAAUGAAUGAACAAACAGUCGGGCAAACGGAGGAUUACGCUGACAUUGGACAUUGGACCCAGAGACUGUCCUCCUGACCUUCUCGGCCAGCGCCGCUUCAAUCGAGUUGGGUAAACAAGUUGUGCGUCCUUGUCCACUUUUAGUUGCUCGAACAGAAGGAGUCUCAUUCCUCCUCCCAGUCGGCACUCAAGUGUUAAUUGUGUGCGUGAUUUAAGCUUUAGUUGGAAGAGUCGGCAGAGGGAGUGGGAGAGGGGAGGCCGUUUGAAUAAUUGCUUUUUGAUUGAGUUCAAUGCUGCAAAGGCUUUCCUCUGCGCUUAACUUUAAUUUGAAUUCCCAAUCUCUCGGCAUUCGUCGAGCACGGCGCAUCCUUCAUAAACUCGCAGCAAUAACAGCUGUAUACAAUAUUUCGUUCUGUCAUGUUUUAUCCCCUGGAACUGCCACGGCCACGCAAAGCUCUCUAUGGGGAGUAUGGAAAGAAACUUGGACAGAUCAGGGCGCAGCACGAGCCACAGGGUUCGGCGGGUAAACUAUGGCGUCUCCUUCUUCCAUAUCUCAAGGAGUACACGGCGACCUCCUCGGUGCAUGGCAUACGAUAUCUGGCCGAUCCGAAGCUGAAAUACUUUGAGAGGAUAAUUUGGCUGCUGAUUCUGGUGGCCACCAGCAUAGGUGCCAGCAUUGUGUACGUAGAUCUCAGUGAGCUCUACCAGUCGAUGCGUAUUCAGACCACCAUCAAGAACACCAUGUAUCCGAUAUUCGCGGCGCCCUUUCCCGCUGUUGGGAUCUGUCCGCGCAACCGCAUAAAUUGGAUAAAGUUGGAGAACGAGGCUCCGUAUCACUUCCUGGGUCCCAACAUCUCUGCCGCAGAAAAGGAGCUCUUCGUUCGCUUCUUUUCGUCUGCCGCCGACUCGCACUUGACUCGCUUGACAGAGAUGUCGAGCUUUUUCAACAAUGCCCCGCUAGCUGCUAACUUGACCCUGCUGGACGGCUUAGAUGUGGCAACAGUCAUUGAGUAUGUCCUGCUGAAGUGCAGUGAUUUCUUUUCCGCCUGCCUCUGGCGGGGCAACCCGCAGAACUGUUGUGAGAUUUUUGAGUUGCAGUUCACAGAGUCGGGCUCCUGUUGGGUUUUCAAUUCACUGAUCAGUCCAGCAAGGCGACAGAAAGAGAAGGAUAACAAGUACUAUCCCCGUCGCACACCACAGUAUGGUGAGGGCUCUGGCUUGGAUGUUUUCCUGCGACUCAGGAACUCCUCUCUUAUUCGGCCCAACAAACGGGGCGUAUACGUGAUGAUCAAGCAACCGCAGCAGUGGAGCGAUGUCGUGCGCCAUGUCCCACACGGGGCGCAAACCCAGAUCAGCAUGGUGCCCCGCAUCACAACCACGGAUCAGCGAACCCGAGCCUUGACGCCCAGAGCCAGACGCUGCAUCUUUCCGGAUGAGGUUACCCAUCCUCAGUACAAGAAUCUGCCGGGCUUUGAGUACUGGGUGGGAAACUGUCGCAGCAAGUGUCACCAGGAACAUGUCAUCAAUCUGUGCAAGUGCUCGCCAUCUGUUUUCUUUCCGGUAACCGAUAAGGAUAACUUUACUGUCUGCAAGCCAUCGGACUUUAAGUGUCUCCACGAUAACAGACUCACUUUUAGCGUGGAGCGCCAUCCACAGGAGGAUGAGUACGUGGACAAUCUGUACAAGGAGAGCAUGAUCUGUAACUGCUUCAUAAGUUGCACUCAGCUAAUCUUCGAUCGAGUAUUUAGUAGCAGCACCUUAGAUAAUAACGACACCCACACAGAGUUGGGUACCAUUCGCCUGGACAUUUUCUAUCAGUCGGGAUGGUUCAUCCAGUACCACACCAACAUGCGUUUUACCUUUGUGGAAUUGCUGGCUAGUUUCGGUGGUAUAAUUGGACUCUUCCUGGGCGCCUCACUGCUCAGUGCCUUUGAGCUGGUCUACUUCUUCACCAUUGGCCUCUAUUUAUAUUUGCAUGGGGAGAGGAAACUGUCCCUCCAGCCACGCCCACUCCAACCAGCAGUCAUUACUAUACCCUUUGGACAGAGAAAGAUUACUCCAGCUAAGUAUAUACGUUGACGGGACUAUAGGUAUAAUAUGAGCAUCAAUGUGAGUAUAAAUCAACAAUAAAUAACAUUCACCAGGCAUUUCUCUGGUGGUGGUGCGGAUGCCUAA